AUGUUUGUGGCGAGGCGGCCACAGGUGGCCGCGCAGUCGGCCGGGGCGCUGGGCGCGCGCGCGGUGUUUUGGGAAAAGCGUUGGCGGCGAGUGGUUCAGCGUCCCGAUCACAGCCCGUCGCUCCCAGAACCUCCCCUUGCCCUCCCCUUGCCCCCCCCCUCGGCCCCAGUGAUGCCAAGAGAGAGGCUGAAUGGUCGUGGGGAAAGAGGUGCGCCGCAUCCUGGUUCCUCUUUCGGGCCGGAAGCCGUCACGUUUCUGUGGAAAUCUCAGCUACUCUGGCUAUUGUCGCACCGCGCUCUGCUUAUCCAUCAGUUAGUUUCUAUCGGGCGGUGGACUCUCAGUAAUUUCAGACAAUUGUGUCUGCUCGAGAAUGCAGGGGAUUCAGUCAUCAUCAGGAGGGAACAAGAUUCAAGAACCUCACAAGAAGAAGUAGGGACAGUACAGACGGAAGUGGCUGGUGUGCUUGACUGCGCGGGAAACUGCAAGGACGUGCGAGGCGGAAAGCUCGGCUGUGGCGUCUGCCUCAACCUAAUCACGUUGCGGGAGCGGGUGUGGCCCACAUGGACGCCAUUAAAACAAUAUCGCUCUGAUUGUCCACGGUCUGAUGCGCCCUCAUCUCCACGCGGCUGCCGGCGUCGCCUCCCUGGCGGCGCUCUUUGUUCUCUCGAGCCCAGCCGGUGCCUCAGCCCCGCCACGCCACGCGUCGCCAUGCUACGCCAUGACAAAACACGACAACCCGCCGCGCCACGCCGCGCCACGACCACACGCCACGCCACGCCACGCCACGGCAACAAGCCACGCGACAACACGCCACGACAAGCCACGCCACGCCAAGACACGACUCGUCGACAUUCCACGGCAACACGCCACCCCACGCCACGGCAACAAAACAUGCCACGCCACGCCAUGACAUGUCAGAACAACUCUCGCUUGCCUCACCUGUCUUACCUCAUCCAGACGCCGCGCGGCGCGGUGCGGCGCGGCGCGGCGAGGGAGCGUGUUCGUGCGGCGUCGCUCCUGCUCCUCGCGGUGGGUUCCGCGCGCCCACCGCCGCCGCCGCCGCGGACUCAUCAAGUUUAUUUAUCAUGUUUUUUGACGACGGGUGGUUUGUCUGCGGAAGAGCCGGUUGUUAAGUGGGCCAGGGAAAAGGGAUACGGUUUCCUGCCUGGAUGUCCCGCGGUCCCCGCUUUACGCGCAAUAGGGCGCCCCUCUUGGUAUUUCGUUUGGAAACAGCGCUGCGCGGUGGUCUGGGUUAGCCGCCUUAAUUUAGCUGUCGCCCUCCCCUCCCCUCGCCGCUCCACGACUGCCAGCGCCCGCCCGCCCCGCUGUGCCAGUAGCCCCGGGAAGGAAGGUGACGGGCGCCCGCGCUUCGCAGAAGCGAUUAGGAGAUCGGGAUUCCCUCCCCGGGAAAUACGAACGCGCGCACUUGGCGGCGCACUCGGCCCUGGCGCUUGGCAGCGCGGCCCGGCCGCCUCCGCCCUCCGCACUCGCUUCUUGACGAACCAGCUUGCGCCCUCCCAGCCACAAAGAGUUGCGCGCCGUUUGGGAAAAGCCAAUAGCGUUCGGCUUCCCGUGGCACGAGAGUGUUCUCAUUGUAUUGCAAAGAAACGGGAUGAGGACAAGAAUAGGCUUAUACUUUUGAGUAGUAGACAACUAGAUAGCAAAACUACCUCUGAGUUUUCACAAUACCGGGUCCAGCAGACGUUCAAUGUGGGGUUCGCAGGCUGGCAUGCUAAUUGGAAGAGCACGCACUUCGACUGGCUUCCGUCCUCGGCCCAGAUCCCUAAGAGUCUGGGCGAGCCCACGCCGCAGGAGCACCUGGAGAAGCUGCAGAGAGUGCAAUCUUGCAUGUUUUGGUGGUCUGACCAGUCCGUUGUUCAACAGACGCUGUGCGAGGUGCAAGUGCUGAUGGUGGAACGAAACGUGCGGCAGCAUCCCGACGUGCAACGUGACCUCAUGGAUAGCAACGUCCGACAAAACAACAGCACGUCGCACCGCAACCUGCGCGACUGGCUAAUCUACCGUGACUACAUGAAUGGCCUGGAGUACGUCAUCGAAGUGCUGGAACACUUCGAGCGGCAGUACCCAUCCUCAUGAACGUCUUCUCGUCUUCUGCAUUUUACACUCGCUACAGCGCCAUGUCAACGCCAGGUUGUCUGAUCUUCCAUCGUUCCAUAGACGUCUCUUACGGCGAGCAACAUGAACUAGUAAACUAGUACGCAGUAUUUCUCGCCGCACAAUGAUCAAUGAAAGAUUCUCAGAGUUAAUUUAUAAUUUUGACAACUUGGGGCAGACGUCUCUUAGUUUGGCUGUAGUGAGUAUCCUGCAGCACUCCACGCUCCUUGAACAGGAGUCUGCUGUACGUUCGAUGUUUUAGCCGUCCAAUGUGUAGUUUAUGUGCAUAGUUCCGUUGUGGUGUUGCUUGAGUGAAAAUAUGUAUUCAUUUUAUUGUGAUGUCUAUAAAGUGUUCCUGUGAAUUCUGCUUUUUGUUUUUUAUUAUUUAUUUAUUUUAAUAUUGUGAAUACUCAAAUAUAUCUUAAAUAUUUUCAGUAUUAGAAAUAUAUAAAAUCGGAAUCUCUUAACGAAACAGCGUGUUAUUUAUUAUGCUUAUUUAUUAAUUACUUCCACCGAUGCGCUUGUUAUCGUGUGAUUGCUUCCCGAUGAAAAGUAGCUGACCUUUUAUUUCUUAUGAAGCCCUAAAUCCUCUUAGCGGCCAAUCACGCAACUUACCAACCGUUUCGUACUUUCCCACAUCUUCUCUAUUGCCCCUUUCUCCUUUUCGUACUUCACUUUCUCCUCCUCCUCCUCCGCUUUUCUCUUUCUUUUUAGUUCUUCAUUAUUAUUCUCCAUUUCUUUUCCCUCUCUUUAGUCACCCUUCUGCUGAAAUCCUUCUCCCAUGUUCUGUUGUCUGGACGUCUUGUCAAAUGCUAUUCUUAGACAGACGUCACCACGUUUCUUUUGCAAAGUGAUUGACGCUGCAAUUGGGAAAAAAGGCCACACCCUAAUUUUUUUAGAAAACCACGGUCAGUAAGUUCUUGUAUUUUCAACGAAAUAAAAAGAGUCUCAAAAUAAUUUACAGACGAAAAUAUGAAUUACGAGUCAAGAAAAAACAAAUUUGUUUUAAUGGGAUUUCUGUGAUAACGUUGCCAUUUAGAAUAUUCAUAAUUUUAUCCUUAGAUUAGCGUUAUGAUUUUAGUAGAGAGCAGUACGAAGUUGAAUAUUUAUGAUAUUACGUUAUAAAAUUGUAUUUCCUGUGCCCUCAUGAGACUUGUUAUUUAUGUAUUUGAAAUAUAGUUAGAAAAUACGUGGAGUUGUUAGAAGUUGAUUGUAAUUUCCAUGUAGUUUGCUUCCUUUAGCUGAAUGUUUCUCAGAAUAUUAAUGAAAGGGCAUAUUUAGAGAACUACACAUACAACUGGUUUUGUUGAUGUUGCAAUUCAAAGUAUAGUAAGAAAAAUAUUCGUAAUAUUAAUCCCUUUUUCAUAAUUUUUUAAAUUUUAUCUACAUUUAUUCUAUGAACAAUUUUAUGCUAUAUAGUAAUUUGUGUUCAAUUGCAAAAUACACUCAAAAUUUUGUUUUAAUAUUAAUUUCGGUGAUUAGUUUUAGAGUUUCUUUAAUAUCUUUCCAUUUAGCAAGUGAUUUACGUGUGAUACACUCAUUAUAUUUGGACUGUUUGAACAUUGUAAUUUUAUGAUUAUAUUCAUUACCCUGGCCACAUUCUCUUCAAUCGAAAUCAGAUCUUGAGAUUAAACAAUUAAUAAGUGUUUAUUACGUGUCAUGAAUGGAAUCAUUUUGUGUACACUCUGAAUGUAAUUUAUCAACUUUUUUGAGAAUGAAAAAAUGUUACCAACAAAAAUUAAUAUUACACUUCAAUGUAUAAGAUGAAUGUCUAUAAAUUAUGAUCAUUUUAAAUGGUGCAUGCUUUUAUUGUAGUUGAAUUAAUUACAGAGGUAGAUGUCUCAAAUCUGGAUAACUGUUAAUCAUAUUAUAGCACUUUGCAGGAUGGUUUUGAAAUUAUAGUUUAUAUCAAAUGUGUAAUAUUAUAUUUUUUCUGCACCUUUGUAACUUAUUUCAACAUAUAAUUUCGGUAUAACUACUAUGCUGUAACAGGGUACUGAAAUGGUUUCAUUUCCAUUGCACUUGCAUGAUUUUCUAGAAUUAGUACAAAUGUCAAUAUAUUUAUUUGAUGUACUUGGAAAUGAAUUAUGUAAGUUCAGUGUAAUCAACUGUCUAGAUGUUAAUUUGUUUCUGUAUUAUGUUAACUCAUAUCUGAAAUGAAAUCUAUAAUAAUUCUCAUUGUCAAAUUUACCAAGUUUACAGCUUUUGAAAAAUAAUAUUUAAUGAUUAUUUCUUUGAUGAGUUCUGUGCCAAAAUUAAAAUCCCCUAAAAACAAAUCACAAACAAAAAUGAUGAUGAAACAUUACUACCAAGUUCUCAGAUACUUCAUGAUAUUCUCAUACUUACUUAAAAGUGAAAGAGCUUCUUUUUCAGGUAAUUGCAACAAAAUCAAUUGUAUCAUGAAAUUUUGUAGAUGUUCAGUUGUAUGUAGACUUCAUGUAUUUAAAACCUAAUUAUAUUUUGUCUAAAGUGAUUUGAUUUGAGCUUUUACGCUGCUACUUUGUAAAAGAAUAGAGUUCUUGUGCACUUCACCAUUUUCAUCCUAUUCACUUGCUUUAUGUACAGUUAUCAAAUCAAAAAUAUGAAAUUAUAUUUAUUAAAAUGUUUUUAGAUGUGUUUAGUAAAAGCUCAGUCAAAUCACUAUGUUAGGCUGUGAUAUUCAUAUUUAUUUUAUUAGAAUUGUAUAUCCUCUCUUGAUAAUUAAAAUUUAUUUCUAUUUCAAUAUUUUCUUGUAUCACCUAUUUCUAUGAAUUAUUUUUAUUCAGCUUUUUUUUAUUUUGGCAGCUCUUUGUAAAUAUUGUUUAAAAGAUAUGAGUAAUUUAAAAAGAUUGGAUUGUUCUUGUGAGAAAAUGUAAUAAUAUUUAGAUGCAUCAUUCCUUGUGAAUGGAUCCAAUAAACACAAUAUUUUGAAUUAUUUAAUAAAAAUUCUUCCAAUCAAAAUAUUGUUUUGAAAUAAGCAGAUUUAGUUUCUGAUAAGCAUUAAACAUUCAAUGUACAUUUUAUUUGAAAGAUCCUUAAAUUUAUGCAAUAUUUGGUGGUUUAUAAUAUUUGAUUUUAUAUUUUUUGUACAAGAGAAAUUAAAAUGUUUCAAUGAUUUUUCUGAGAUUCAAGAUUGAUGGAAACUGACACCCUUUAAAUACAAAUUGGAUUCCACACAGGAAAUUAUAACUCUGCCCACUAAAGAAAUUAUAUAUGUAUUUUUCUGAGGUAUCUUGAAGUUUAUUGAAUAUGUCAAAUUGAAUAGAACAGUGUACUAUUGAGUUACAAUGAAAUAACUGAGAAUGUAAAAAGAAUGAGUUUUGCCAAUAUAUUGAUAUAGAUAUC